CAAAUUCACAAUUAUUUUUUUCUGAUGAAAGUGGACAAGUCACAAAUGUCCAUAUGAGUUUCUGGGCGACUUCUAUCAGAAUUUUUGUUCAUAAUUUUUUUUAUUGUAUCAAGGGAUGACUUGGAAACCGAAGAUGCUUAUAUUAUCCCAUGAUCUAAUCUCACCAGAAAAAUACAUCAUGGGUGAAGAUGAUAUCGUGGAGCUCUUAGGGAAGAGCAGCCAAGUAGUUACAAGUAGCCAGACACAAACACCCUCUUGCGAUCCUCCUCUCAUUCUCCGGGGCAGCGGAAGCGGGGACGGAGAAGGAAAUGGUCCUCUACCGCAGCCUCCGCCUCCCCUGUACCAUCAGCAGAGUCUCUUUAUCCAAGAAGACGAAAUGGCUUCUUGGCUUCACCAGCCUAAUCGCCAAGAUUAUCUCUACUCCCAACUUCUUUACUCCGGAGUAGCCUCGACUCACCCGCAAAGUUUGGCCUCCCUAGAACCACCACCACCACCUAGGGCUCAGUACAUUCUGGCGGCGGAUAGACCGACCGGUCAUAUUUUGGCCGAGAGAAGGGCGGAGAAUUUUAUGAAUAUCUCGAGGCAAAGAGGGAACAUAUUUCUUGGCGGUGUUGAAGCUGUACCGUCGAACUCGACCCUGUUGUCUUCAGCCACUGAAUCAAUACCAGCGACUCACGGCACCGAGAGUCGAGCAACAGUCACUGGCGGAGUAUCUCGUACUUUUGCAGUUCCUGGUCUUGGUCCGAGGGGAAAGGCGGUGGCGAUUGAGACGGCGGGAACACAAUCUUGGGGGUUGUGCAAGGCCGAAACAGAGCCGGUUCAGAGACAACCAGCGACGGAGACGGAUAUCACCGAUGAACGGAAGAGAAAAACGAGAGAGGAAACAAAUGUCGAAAACCAGGGAACUGAAGAAGCUCGUGAUUCGACGUCUAGUAAGAGGUCACGAGCUGCAAUAAUGCAUAAACUCUCCGAAAGGGUUCUUAUGCUUCCAUUGGAAUUUCAAGAUUCUGAGUUUGAAUAAUGGACUAUCUGUUUCAUCUCCUUUAAAACUUGUUUUUUUUUUGUUAAACAGAGACGGAGACAAAAGAUUAACGAGAUGAUGAAGGCUUUGCAAGAACUCCUUCCUCGCUGCACAAAGACUGAUAGAUCUUCCAUGCUGGAUGAUGUUAUAGAGUACGUGAAAUCUCUACAGAGCCAAAUACAGGUAUGUCCUCAAAAACAGAAUGUGAGUUUGAACAUGGAAACAGUUUGAAUGUCCGCAGAUUCAUUUCCUGGAAGAUUUAUAAAGUUUAGAUGAGAUGGCCUAAUAGCCCUGUUCUUGAGGUCUUUGCUUCCCAAAUUUUGUAGGGUAAACAUUUAAGGAUCUUUAGGUCAUGAGUGAGAUUUCAUAUCUGAAUCGAGGUUUUUAUGCCAGAUGUUCUCAAUGGGACAUGUUAUGAUUCCACCGAUGAUGUAUGCGGGGAAUAUACAACAACAGUACAUGCCCCACAUGGCCAUGGGUAUGAAUCGGCCUCCUGCAUUCAUACCUUUCCCUAGGCAGGCUCAUAUGGCGGAAGGUGUAGGUCCUGUUGAUUUAUUUAGAGAGAAUGAAGAAACAGAGCAAGAGACAAUGUCUCUUCUCCUUAGAGAAGACAAAAGAACAAAACAGAAAAUGUUUUCUUGAACUGAAACUUGUUAGUUCUUUUAUUAAGACAAGACACACUCUUAUAUACAUGUUCACAUAACUACUCUACGUUGGUAACAGUUGUAACUUCUCCAACAAGUUACGUCUCUUACUCGCCUCCUUUCGUAGUCACAUGACGUCCGUUGACUUAACAUACAAACUAUAACAUAUAUGAUAUUACAAGAUUUAAUCAUGGACUCAAUUCUCAACAGGUCCAUCAUCAUAUCCACCACCGCGCUACCCUUUUCCAAACAUUCAGACCUUUGACCCAUCCAGAAUUCGUUUACAAAGUCCGCAGCCUAAUCUGGUGUCGAACCAACCUCAGAUGAAUCCCUAUAGCCAGUUUGUUGGUCACCACCGGAUCCAACAACCUCGUCCUCCAUUGCAGAGUCAAACAAGACCACAGGUGAGUUUCAGCCAAGCAAGUAGUAGCAAAGAACCUGAUGAUCAGGACAACAAACCAACAAGUUAGUACGAAUCAGGGAAUAAAGGCUUUUCUUGCUAGAUAAGUUAAUAGUCAAGAUUGUGAAUUUCAAUGGGUAAAGUCAUCCUACGUUCACAGUCUCACAGAUAAAUUUAUAACACAUUUAAUAAUAGAUUUUUUAGAAAUUUGCAAAAUUAAGGGAUAGAUUUGGCACAAACUCAUUAACGUCACACAAAAUAUGUAAAAAAAUUAAAAGGACGAGGCAGAAAAAGAUCAUGUUGUUUUCUAACGUCGAUACAAAAAACUCUGA